UCCCGCGAGAGGGGUGUCGUGGAUACAUGGAUGCAUGACCCUGCUGCUCCCAGUCGCGCUUGCGCAGCGUUUCUGACUUUCCCACUCUGUCCCCCGUACGUACCAUGGCGUCCACGGAGGAGGACGGCUCGGUUGAAGAGAAGGAAAACAACAACAAGAAGAGGACGAAAAGUGCCAUCGCUGUUGCAUGGCUUACAUUUUACAACAUCGCCAUGACGGCCGGGUGGCUGGUUUUGGCUAUCGCAAUGAUGCGCUUCUACAUCCAGAAAGGCACACACAAGGGUCUGUACAAAAGUAUAGCAAGGACACUCAAGUUUUUCCAGACCAUUGCGUUAGUUGAGGUGGUGCAUUGUGCAAUCGGAAUCGUGAGGACCUCUGUAAUUGUGACCGGGGUUCAAGUAUGUUCACGAAUCUUCAUGGUGUGGUUCAUCACCAACAGCAUCAAACAGAUCCAGAACGAAGAAAGUGUAAUCCUCUUCUUGGCCGUUUGGACGUUUACAGAGAUUACCAGAUAUUCCUUCUAUACAUUCAAUCUGCUCAACCACCUGCCAUACUUUAUCAAAUGGGCCAGAUACAACAUGUUUAUCAUCAUGUACCCUCUCGGAGUGGCCGGAGAACUCCUGACCAUUUACACUGCUCUGCCGUAUGUUCGCAAAACCGGAAUGUUGUCCAUGAGGCUCCCCAACAAGUAUAACGUCUCCUUUGACUACUACUACUUCCUCAUUAUCGUCAUGCUCUCCUAUAUCCCAUUGUUCCCACAGCUCUACUUCCACAUGCUCCGUCAGAGGAGAAAGGUGCUUCUUGGGGAGAUCAUAGUAGAGAAGGAUGAGUAGAACCGCCUCACAGUCCAGCACCUGGCGUUUGUUUUGGGACAGCGAGUCAGCACAGCUCCCCUGCCGCCACGUCCAUUCAACUUUGGUACCGCGCUCCACCACACUGCACAUGCAACAAAAUGGACCGGGAGAGUCAGACGAAUACUAACAUCACCGGAAUAGCCAUGUAAUAAUCACGGAAAAAGAAUGAAACAUCACAGUCACCACAAUAACCCAACUGGACUAAAUACAGUGCUGCAAGAGAAAUCAAAACCCAACAGGAAUAACAGUCAUCAGAAUCAUCACUGAUCAGUCAUCACCAAACUCAUCAAUCAACGAGAGGAAUCAUUACAGAACUGGAAUAGUCAUCAUUGUGGAAAGAAUGAAUAAAUAUAAUCUCUAGCCGGAAUCAUUAUCAUGGCAAAACUGGAACGUAAUGCUGCGCAUCCACUGUGUCUUCACUGUCCAGGUGUAGAUAUCUAGAUCCCCAGAAAGAGAAAGCACUGAAUCCACCAGCCAGCGUGGCCACAGCAUACCGCACUGAAACCCUGCAACCUGAUAGCAUAAUACUGCACUGAUUACCUUCUACACCUGCUAAAAAAAAUACUGGAAGGCGCCUGCUGUGCAUUGAGUCAACCACACAGCAGAUACAUACUGCACCCACCUUCAGUGCAAAAUAGAGGAAGUUCAAGGGAACCAGGGAAUGGUGAUAUGGAAGGAUGGAGGAGGAGAGAUGAUAGUCGAGUCCCCUGAGCAGUUUUUUUUUUCAAUCGGCUAUUUAUUUUUUUCAGAAUUUCUAAGCGUUUUCCACCACAGUGAUUUUAUACGUAAAUAGCGUGUGGCAACAAUGACUAGACAGAAGCUAAAAAAAAUAGAAACAAUUAUGCGUAGACGUAUUAUACCUCGACAAUAAACAGACAUUUGGGCAA